GACCAGUUCAGGCCCGGAUUAUGACAGUGCCGGGCCAAAACCGGCCCUGGAACAUGGCUGCGCCAGACUAAUUGGAUUCUGGAAGCGGCAAAAGAAGAAAAAAGAAAGGGGCCUGGCAAUAGGCAAAACGAACAUCUCUGUUAUAUUCGAAGUCUUUGCCAGUGUAUAAACCUCUCUCUCACUUGCCCGUUUCUCAAUCUCAACGUUCCUGUAACUGAGAAUGAAGAAGAUGAAGAUGUGUAGUAGUAAAAUGAUCUUCUUCUUCGCCGUUCUCUUUUUCUCAUCCGCAUACUCAUUUUAUCUUCCUGGCGUUGCUCCUCGUGACUUUCACAGGGGUGAUCCCCUUUCUGUCAAAGUGAACAAGCUGUCAUCUACCAAGACACAACUUCCAUAUGACUACUACUACUUGAAAUAUUGUAAGCCUAAUAAGAUUCUGAACAGUGCAGAAAAUUUGGGUGAGGUUCUUCGAGGUGACCGCAUUGAGAAUUCUAAAUACACGUUUGAAAUGAUGGAAGAGCAGCCAUGUAAAGUGGCCUGUCGGGUGACACUUGAUGCUGAAUCUGCUAAGAAUUUUAAAGAGAAAAUUGAUGAUGAAUAUCGAGUUAACAUGAUUUUGGAUAAUCUUCCUGUUGCCGUUCUUAGACAAAGGAGGGAUGGCAGUCAAUCAAAGACUUACGAACAUGGUUUCCGUGUUGGGUUCAAAGGAAAUUAUGCUGGGAGUAAAGAGGAGAAAUACUUUAUCAAUAACCACCUGAGCUUCAGAGUAAUGUAUCACAAAGAUCUUGAGACAGACUCUGCUCGAAUUGUUGGGUUUGAGGUCAUUCCUAACAGUAUUAAUCACGAGUACAAGGAAUGGGAUGAUAAUAAUCCUCAGGUGACAACAUGCAACAAGGACACCAAAAAGUUAAUUCAAGGUAGCACUGUUCCACAAGAAGUUGACUCGGGCAAGGCAAUUGUGUUCACAUAUGAUGUUACUUUUAAGGAAAGUGAGAUUAAAUGGGCUUCUCGUUGGGACACAUACCUGCUCAUGAAUGAUGAUCAAAUCCAUUGGUUCUCCAUCAUAAACUCACUGAUGAUUGUCCUCUUCCUUUCUGGCAUGGUGGCCAUGAUUAUGAUGAGAACUUUAUACAGAGAUAUUGCAAACUAUAAUCAGUUGGAGACCCAAGAUGAGGCUCAGGAAGAAACAGGAUGGAAACUUGUCCAUGGAGAUGUGUUCAGAGCGCCGAUCAAUUCUGGUUUACUCUGUGUUUAUGUUGGUACAGGUGUACAAAUCUUUGGAAUGACACUUGUGACAAUGAUAUUUGCCUUGUUGGGUUUCUUAUCCCCUUCAAACAGAGGUGGCCUUAUGACUGCUAUGGUUCUGUUAUGGGUAUUCAUGGGCAUAUUGGCUGGUUACUCAUCAGCACGCUUAUACAAAAUGUUCAAGGGCACAGAGUGGAAGAGGAACACCCUAAAAACUGCAUUUAUGUUCCCGGGUAUUCUUUUUGCAAUCUUCUUUGUAUUGAAUGCCCUAAUCUGGGGGGAGCAGUCUUCAGGGGCAGUGCCUUUUGGGACAAUGUUUGCACUCGUUUGCUUGUGGUUUGGUAUAUCUGUUCCAUUGGUCUUCGUGGGUAGUUACCUCGGGUUCAAAAAGCCAGCUAUCGAAGACCCUGUGAAAACAAACAAAAUUCCUAGGCAAAUACCUGAACAAGCAUGGUACAUGCAACCAGUAUUUUCGAUACUCAUUGGAGGCAUUCUUCCAUUUGGUGCUGUUUUCAUCGAGCUUUUCUUCAUCUUGACAUCGAUAUGGCUGAAUCAGUUCUACUACAUCUUUGGCUUCCUCUUCAUAGUGUUUGUUAUCCUUUUGAUCACUUGUGCAGAGAUUACGAUUGUCCUCUGCUACUUCCAGUUAUGCAGUGAGGACUAUCACUGGUGGUGGAGAUCGUACCUGACUGCCGGUUCUUCUGCCUUGUACCUUUUCCUCUACUCUGUUUUCUACUUCUUCACCAAGUUAGAGAUCACAAAAUUGGUUUCAGGCAUCCUUUACUUUGGGUAUAUGGUAAUCAUAUCAUAUGCAUUCUUUGUUUUGACUGGAACAAUUGGCUUCUAUGCUUGCUUCUGGUUUGUCCGAAAGAUUUACUCCUCUGUCAAGAUUGACUGAUCUGAAUAUGCAAAAGUUAUAAAUUCAAGUCCAGGCUUAGGAUGUGAAUCUGGAUGCCGGGGUUCUGUUAGUUUUUCUUCAUGCUUUUGCUGGAUUCAUAUUGUGCCAUGGGAAUUUUGGGAUCUAGUCACGUUGAAAGCUAUUUUCUUGUGCUGAUCAUAAAAGUAGGGCCGGGUCUGUUAUGUGAAAUGAUACAAGACUAGUUUCUGUGCAUUGAACGGUGAUUUAGAUAUCGCCUUAAUUAAAAGCAUAUCAACUGUCAAUGUCAUCUACUGAAACAUAAGAUUAGCUGCAUCAUACCUUUUUUGUUUCUUGAUUUCUUUCUCAUGUUGCAAGUCUAGAGUUAGAAAAUAGAAAAACCAGUAGUGGGUAUAUAUAAUAUAUAAUGCUUGUUCAAAGCUAAGCUAUUCUAUUUCA